AUGUCAUCGAAUACUGGUUCUCCCGUCACUGCCGAGGCUCUUUCUGCUGCAGCAUCAGCAAGCGUAUCACCAGCUCCUACUCCAAAAAAGAGCAACAAGUGCUAUCUCGAGGGUUGUGGAGACCGAGUUGUCAAGAUUGUUGGUGACUGUCGUUACUGGUAA